AUGGCCCAGCGCCAAGAGGUCGAGUUCAAGACGGUAGACGGGGUCCUGCUUCGCGGCUAUCUCUACCCUGCCCAGAGUAGGGGACCUGGCGUGGUCAUGAGCCCAGGUUUCAAUGCCACCACGGAGAUGCUCGGUAUGCCGACUACGGCGGCCGCGUUCCAGGCAGCGGGCAUCACAGCUCUGGCAUACGACCCUCGAGGCGUGGGGAGGAGCGAUGGCGAACCUCGCAACAACAUCAACCCGUCGGUGCAAGUGGACGACAUGAGCGAUGCCAUGACGUUCCUGCUGUCACACCGGUCCGUCGACCGUCGCCAGGGCGUCGGCGUCUGGGGCAUGUCCCUGGGCGGCACUGUGGCCAUGGCCGGGGCGGCGCUGGACCCGCGAGCCCGCUGGGUCAUCGCCGUGUCGCCGGCGACGGAGCCCACGCACAACAUGGUCAAGAUGCGCCAGGUCCUGGCCCAGGCGGCGCGGGACCGCGAGUCGCAGAUCAAGGGCAACGCGCCCUACAACGUGCCCAUGCUGGACGGCCGCGGCGAGAACCCGGCCGGCUUCGACCCGGGCCUGGAGCGAGGCAGCGUCAUGCGCAUGCUGGAGGCUUACAACGAGACCGACGUGCUGCGAGCUGCCCUGGCGCCUCACCACGUCAACCGCACCACCGUAGGCACCUAUCGCUACAUGCUGAUGUGGGAUUCGCGCCAUCUGUGGAAGCUGAUCACGCAGCCGGUCCUGUUUGCUGUUGCGCGGCACGACGACUUGAUCGGCACGGACAAGCAAAUUGCCCAUUUCGAGGCGCUGCCGGCCCCGAAAAGGCUCCAUGUGGCCGAUGGCGCAACGCACAUGGACAUUCUGGACAACGCACGCCGCGAGAAUGUCAACGAGGCACAGGUGCUCUUUGUCCAGGACGUCCUUGCCGGCCGGGUGGUGGUGUCUCCUGCACCGGCCUAG